AAAUCUAGUGACUGACGCAGAGGGCGGCAAUCCAUCAAUCUGACUACCCAGAGGCUUGUUACACUUGAACAGCUAGUUAGCCCGGUGGUGCGUCUGAUGCUCUCUCUACUGUAAGCUACGUGCCAGACAGAGGCGAAUGGUUAAGUGAAGCCCGUGAGAAAGCCUGCGGAGGAGAACCAAGAGCCUGACAGUACUGUGUGCUGGGAGAGCGCUGCGUGUGGCGUGUGUGCCUCUCGAUCGUCCCGCGCGCGUGUGUGUGUUAGUGUGUGUGAGGGCAGCAUGCUGUGCGAGGGUGCAGCGGGGGUCCGGCGCUGGCUGACCCUGGUCACGGGCCUCCUGGAGUGUCUGUGUUUUGCGGGGGCUGUGUUCGGCUGGGCCUCCCUGGUCUUCGUGCUGAAGACGGAAGGCUACUUCAGCUACUUGUGUGUCAACGCCACGGGCCUCAACGGCACACUGAUCACAGACUGCAGCGAGCAGGACGAACAGUUCUCGCUCAUCUUCACCAUUGCAUCCUUCAUGAACAACUUCUUGUUGCUGCCCAACGGCUUCCUGUUCGACCGCUUCGGUACCAUGGUGGCCAGACUUCUAGGAAUAUCUCUCUACACCACCGGGGCUGUUUUUGUGGCCUUCUCCAGUUCAGAGCUGGCCAUCCUCCUCUUCCCCGCUCUCUCCUUGAUUGCCGUGGGAGGCAUCCUGUUCCUGGUCACUAACAUGCAGGUAGGAAACCUGUUUGGGGCUCAUCGCUCCACCAUCAUCACCCUCUACAAUGGAGCCUUUGACUCCUCCUCUGCCCUCUUCCUUAUCAUCAAGCUGGUGUUUGAGGCGGGGGUGUCUCUCCGCGCCUCUUUCCUCUACCUGGCGUCGUUUAGCGUCAUCCAUCUGCUCAGGACUUUCCUCCUUCUGCCCACGAAACACAUCCCUUACCCUCUGCCAGAGGGCUACAGAUAUGGGAUGACCUGUGGCCAGACCAAGACCUUCACCCCUGCGCGGGCCUCUUUUGACGGCGACAUUCCGAGCCAUGCUGUCGACGAGCAAACCCCAAUGCAUAAGGAGAGCGCAUCAACAAACGACGAGCGGAGUUACAAGGACUGCGUGCUGUCCAAGUUCUUUGUGUUCCAUCUGCUGUGGCUCUCCGUCAUGCAGCUGAGACACUAUCUGUUCAUCGGCACCCUCAACCCCAUGCUGCAGAGGCUGACGCAGGGAGAGCCCUCGCUUGUGAGCACGUACAUCAAUGCGUUUGCGCUCACACAGCUAUGUGGGGUUCUGUGUGCUCCCUGGAACGGCCUGAUCAUGGACCGUCUGAAAGGGAAGCCCCUCGCCUCGGGCGAGAGUGAGCACGAGGCGGACCUGCGUGCGUCCGUGCUCUCUCUGUUCCUGACGGCGCUGCAGUGCCUGCUGUUCUCCCUGUGUGCCUCCACGCCCCUGCUGCCCCUCCAGUACCUCACCUUCAUCCUGCAGGUGCUCAACCGCUCCUUCCUCUACGGGGGCAACGCCGCCUUCAUCAGCAUAGCUUUCCCCUCCUGUCACUUUGGGAAGCUGUAUGGCCUGAUCAUGGCCUUGUCAGCGGUGGUGUCUCUGCUGCAGUACCCCUGCUUCGCCCUGGUCAAGAACGUCCUGGGAGGAGACCCCCUAUACGUGAACGUGGGUCUGACUGUGCUCACCCUGACCGCCUUCGUCCACCCCCUCUGCGUGCACCUGCACUGUCGGCGCCUGGCCGCCCAGAGGACCAAGAACGCGCGCUCGUCCUAGACCACGGUGCCCCUCUCCUCGACAGGAACCACGCACACUCGACGCUGCCCCUCGCCCUCACACACCCCCGUUGCCCGUUAUCUGGUUAUCUGCGAUUGUAAAAAAAAAAAAAUCAGGAUGUGAUUUGCUGCCUCAGGGGCCAGAUGGAAACCAGACUGAUGUUUACACUUUGCUGAUUGCUGCCAUUGGUGUUCCAGCCUCCAUUGUAUCUCUCCAUAUGCACUGUACAUUCCCGACCCCUGUUUUUACCUACCCCAAAAUGUUGUUUAUUUUUCUCCUUAUUAUUUUUCUCCAGGUAUGUCCUUACAUUUUGUCUGGAUGUAUUUCAGUGUACCAUAGGCAUUACUAUACACACAGAACACUUGACAGGUAUAUGUGGCCUCGUCUACAUAGCUCAGCUUAGUUACCUUCUCCGAAGGUACUUCCUGAAGUAGGUGUUCUCAGUAGCUCUGAGCUCAAACCGGAGGGUUGAACUCUACUGUAUUUAAGUUGAUAUAACUAUUUUGUAUACGUACUGUGCAUCUACACGGAGAAACAGCAGUGUGGCUGUUAGUGUUAUGGGUGUGAAAGUAAGGUGUGCUACUUUGGUAAAGAUCUUCACGCACCAGUAAGGUUUUUUUUUUGCAUAUUCUGAAUGCAAAAAAGCAGAUCAGAGAAACACUGUCUUGACCUCAUUUGCUUGCCGCGGUUGUGGUUUCUACUCGUCUGUUUCUUGUCAUGACAGGCACAUGUGUAACCAAUGUGCUGCACAGGUCUGCCACCUCCUGGCCAUAGUGUUUACACCCUUCUUGCUUGGUUGUCACCAGUUCAACAGUGGGCCUGAAGAGAAGAUCUUAUCACGAAGGUAGAUUGUAAGGGCAGCAUGUUUUGUAGCGAAAUAUUUCAUAGAAUGGCGAAUAUUUACCGUUUGUAUUGAAACUAUGAAUCAUAAAGGGACCGGUUCACAGUCACAGUAGGCAUGUGAUGCUGUAAACAUGCCACAGGGACAAUUGCAUGAGCUUUGUAUAGGCUAUGUCAAAAGUGCCAAUCUACAUGUAUUUUUUUUUACCUCACAUUAAUGUGCUGAAAAAGCAAAGACAUUUAUAAACUCCCAUUUUUUUGUUCAA